CUGCAGGACUUCUUAUCUUCAAAGCCAGCCUUGGUUCCCUGGUGCGGGGCCCCUCAGUCUCGACUCUUUGCCAUGGGGUCUCUGUGCCCCAUCUCGCUGCUGGUUUUGCUGGCGGCCACCUCCGCGGGAGGCGGGAGCACGCGGAGGCACCGGGCGGCAGGGACGCAAGGUCACGGAGGCAGCUUUCCCGCGUCCUCGGCGACCUCAGCGCAGCUGUUCUGGGUGCGCUUAAGCCCCAAGUUUACCACCGUGCAGCCGGGGGACUCAGUGUGGCUCAACUGCAGCAGCAGCUGCCCCCUGCCGUUGAACUUCAGCCUCAGCACUCCGCUGCGGCGGGGCAAGUCCCACAGUGGACCCGGCUGGGUAUCCUACCAGCUGCUGGAUGUGAGGGCCUGGAGCUCCGACGUGCGCUGCUUCGUCACCUGCGCAGGAGAAAUGCUGUGGGCCGCGGCCAGGAUCAACACCUACAAACGGCCACGCAGCGUGAUCCUGGAGCCUCCGAUCCCAGAGGACGGUCUGUACACUCUACGCUGCCACGUGACCCACGUGUUCCCUGUGGGCUUCCUAGUGGUGACUCUGAGGAUCGGCGGCCGGGUCAUCUACUCCGAGAGCCUAGAGCGCUUCACCAGCCAGGAUCUGGCCAACGUGACACUGACUUACACGUUGCGCCCCAGGCCCCGCGACUUCUGGCAACCCGUGACCUGCCACGCGCGCCUCACUCUCAAUGGCCAGGUAGUUCGCAACAGCUCGGCACCCAUCAUGCUGACAGUCUUCGCUUGGAGCCCCACGUCCAAAACCUUGGCCUCCACCUCCAUCACAGCCUUUGUGGGGAUCCUUCUUGUCGUGGGGGCCAUUUACCUGCGAAAGCGCCUAUUGCAGUCCAGGGGAUAGAGGGGGUGGUCCAUGCUGGCUGAACCAGAGGAAGAUGGAAUCCGGGACAAUCUGGGGAACUCUGCCUGGAUCAAUAAAGCCUCCCUCAGCCUCUG